AUGGCCCAUCUUCGCUCCUCCCUGAUCGGCAAUGCUGCCGGCACCAUCGAUGGCUUCGACCUUUCUAAUGAAGCCUUCGACGGAGCGUGGCAAUAUGUCUGCGAGAAAUUCGGCUCCCCAGAACUCCGCAAGGUCGCCAUCUACGAUCGCCUGGUGGGCCUCCGCUGCCCCGAUGACGACCCCAGGGACGUUUCCCGCUUCCUAAACCAAGUCGUUGGACUCCUCGCCCAAGCUAAGCGAGUCGGGCUCGAUCAAAAUCAGCGGGCCAUCCAGCAAGCCAUCGAGAAGGCGUUGCCCUCCUGGAUGAAGCCCUACCUCUUCAGCGCUCGUCUCGCCGCGGCUCUUUGGAACACGGAUGCCCUCAUGGCUCAUUUGCCCCGACUGGUGGAACUCGCCCCGGCCAAGCCAGUGGCACUGGGCCGCCCGCCCGUUUCGGCGACGACGACCCUCAGUUCGCAUGUGGAAAAUGUCGGGGGGACACCCACCAAGGGCCCGAACCGUCCGACCCCGCAGCUUCCAUGCUUCCUUUGCUCCACCCCUGAGGACCCCCAACUCCAUCGGGCACCCACCAUGACUUGGUGUGCUACGGGGACUCCGCUGAGGCCCCGUUCCCCGCCCGUGCCGUCCAGCCCUCGCCCUUGUGCUGCUCCCGUGGCGAAUGCCGAAGAAAUCAUCCCGGAAGCGACCACCGCCGUCGCUUCUCAGCCUGCAGCGCAAGCUCCCACGUCGCUGCUGCUCGUUCAAGUCCCUGUGCGAAAUCCCCUCACCGGUCAACAAGUUACCGUUUGGGCCAUUUUGGAUUCCGGGGCCAACCGCUGCUAUGCCACGAAUCAGCUGAAAACCAGUCUGGGGCUGACCGAAUCUCCCCCCUGCGCCAUUGCCGUCAACACCUUUGGCGGCCAAACCCUGCAGCGGACUUAUGGGACCAUUUCUCUGACCGUCGUCCUCGAUGAUGGCCUUCUGGACGUGGAAACCUUGUGCACGCCAAUCAUCGUGGCACCCAUCUUUACGCGAGUCUUGCGACCGAAUCAUCCGCCCCGGCUCAGCUCGUUGGUCCCCAAGACCGUCCAGCCCAGCCUCCUGUUGGGCGGCCCCGCCUUUGGCGUGUCGUCCGUGCUCGCCACGAAGAUCACCGCU